UGUCUACAUCUAGCUUGGCACCGAGGGACAUACAUAUCCUGAAAAGUGUGAGUGAGACAUACAUUGUGCUGUUGGACCUGAAGGUGAGCCAACCUGGGAGAAACGUCAUCUCAGAGCACGGCAGGAUUUGAAAGAUGGCCCUUCUUCAGGCUAACAGGGAUCUCAUUUCCACAGCAAUUAAGGAAUUUAAUGUUCUGCUAAAUCAGCAGGUCUUCUCUGAUCCUCCUGUCUCUGAAGAGGCCAUGGUGACCGUGGUGAAUGACUGGGUGAACUUCUACAUCAACUAUUACAGGCGGCAGGUGGUGGGGGAGCAGCAAGAGAAGGACAGGGCUCUGCAGGAACUUCGGCAAGAGCUGAAUAUCCUGUCUGCCCCUUUCCUGGCCAAAUAUAGGGCCUUCCUGAAGUCCUUGUGAGCACUCAGAUCACCCACGGCCUUUCUCCUAGCCCAGAGACCCAGGCUUGCAUCUCCAAGAAACCUUCAAUCCUGCCUCUGGAUUCUUCAAGUCCUUGGGCUCUUUCCCUUUCAUAGUGUUACUCUACCUUGACACUCAAUAAAGAGGACUACUGGUUUUGCUGGUC